CUGCAGACUAGUCUGAUUGCAAUUGGCCAAUGGGAAAGAGUUUCCCGUCUCACACCUUCGCCCCCGCCAUUGUCUUCCCAACCGACAGGCCAUCAUCCCAUCAACCUCCAUCUCCUCCCUCUUUCAGUCCUUCCUUCAUCCGCAUCCCCCUCCUCCUUUUUUUCCAUCCUCGGACCCUGCGAUAUACUCUACUUGGGACUGGAUCUCUUGGUAGGUAUCGUCUACUGAACUGGCUGGCACAGCAAAAAAAAUCCCGAUCAGAUCAAUGGAACCAACUUCCAACAAUUCAAUCAUCUAGAUCAGCAAGCUUUUCUAAACUCAUGCGGGAACGAAAGGGAAUCGCCACAGGGCUAGCUUGCCUCAUCAUUGUCUCGCUGGUGCUUCUCCAGCUUUAUUCCAGAGAAGUCGCAGAGACCCCUAUCCCCGGAUUAACCACCAAACCCAAUGUAUUACCACCACUUAAACCACUCAAUUACCGAGGCACAAACAAAGAAGACGACUACAAGAGUCCAUUCAAUAUCGAAAACUUCUGUAACAACAUGCCAGAACACCGUCGACACCCCAGAGGCAUCCUGAUUACAGACAAGCCCAAGGGUGUACCCCUCAAAAUGUUCUUCUGGCGCCAGAUGAUGUUCGGCAGCGAGGUCGACUGGGCGAUCGAAUCCCGGACCCUGUGCCCCUUCCCGCCGGAGCUUCAGCCCUUCUUCGACCACUACCUCAAAGCACAUAUCAAGAACGACUCCAUUCACUGGGAGACAGGGUACGCACCCUGCUGGUUCUGGACUAACUGGCUGGGUACGGCCGAUGAUAUACACCGAGAGUGCUAUACGGAGGCGAACGGGGUGGUGCCGUACAUCGUCACCAACAACUAUACGUCGUUCCGCGACUUCGACAUUAUCUACUUUGACUACCCCUUUUACGACAACAUCCCAGAGGCGCCUUACUUUGACAGCGGCAGGAUGCCACCGCGUGUUGCGCAUCAGAAGUGGGUCAUGCGAUUCCAUUCAGAGUCCAUCGGAUACUACCCAAGCGUAGCGUUGCCUCAAUACAUCCAACAAUUCGACUUUACGUUUGGCAGUCCCGGCCAGUUGAUGGAUCUUCCCUUGCCACUGCAGUACAUCAGUGAGAAAGGUGCGCUUGAUAUGGCGAAUGUAGAGCCCAAGGUCCCAUUCGACAAGAAACCCGACCAUUAUAUGGCCUUCGUGGUCUCGAAUUGCUGGCCGAAGAACAACCGCAACGAGCUCAUGGAUGAUCUAGUCAAAAAAUUCGGUGCCCAUUCGUACGGCAAUUGCAUGAACAACAAGAAAAUCCCCAAGGAGAUGACGGACGGCAUGGACUGGGAAAACGCCAAGACGCAAACGAUCGCCGCCUACCCUUUCGCACUCGCGGCUGAGAACUCGAACUGCCUGGGCUAUGUGACGGAGAAGAUCUAUAAUGUCUACGCCGCGGGUGCGAUUCCUCUCUACUUGGGAGCGCCUGAUAUUACGGAUUAUGUACCGGAGGGCAGUUAUAUUGAUGCGAGCGACUUUAGGGACACGGACGAGAUCAUCAGCUACAUGAAGACGGUAGAUCGAUCACAGUUCUACAAAUGGAAGGAUGAGGUCAAGAAGGACGUGAAAAAAUUCUGUAAAAAAUGCUUCGCUCCAGCGUCGACGGAUGAGUGUAUCAUCAUGGAGAACAUACGCUACGUUUGAAGUAGAGGAACGGCCAACUUGAGAACAUCAACCACACAGCAUCACCUAGAAUCAUUCCUCUUAUAUAUUUAUAAUAAUAUUGAAUCAUAAAUCCUUGAUUUGAAGGUUUGAACGGGACGUACAUUGUUUGAGCAGAAGCUGCUUAACUUGUUCGUACAAGGUCCGUGCCCCCAAGGGGACCUGAUGUCCAUCUGAGCUGCCCUUCGCUCGCAAGGACGGUGUUUUC